AUGGGGCCGGGGCGCGGGGCGGCCGGGGGGCGGCGAGGGGCCGUGGCGCUGCUGUGGGUGGCGGCCGUGCUGUGCCAGCUGGGCAGCGGCAGCGUCCUCCGCCGCCGGCUCCACGCCGCCGGGGUCCCGCAGCGGCGGCUGAGCGGCGGCGAGCGGCGGGACGUGCAGCGGGAGAUCCUGGCCGUGCUGGGGCUGCCCGGCCGGCCCCGGCCCCGCGCCCCCGCCCGCGCCCCCGCCGCCGCCGCGCCGCUCUUCAUGCUCGAUCUGUACCACGCCGUGGCCGGCGAGGAGGAGGAGGAGGAGGGCGAGGAAGCGGCGGUGUCGCGCCCGGUGCUCACCGGGCUCAGCACGCAGAGCCCCCCGCCCGGCAGCGUCGUGAGCCGCGCAGACACCGUGGUCAGCCUCGUCAACAUGGUGGAGCAGGACCGGGACCUGUUCUCACCCAAGCCCUACUGGAAGGAGUUCAGGUUCGACCUGACCCAGGUGCCGGCGGGAGAGGCCGUGACGGCCGCCGAGUUCCGCAUCUACAAAUCCUGGGGUGUCCCCAGCCACGCCAACAGCAGCCUCCACGUCAGCAUCUACGAGGUGGCUGCCCAGCAUUCCAACAGGGAGUCUGACCUGUUCCUGCUGGAUGUGCAGGACCUGCGUGCUGGGACAGAGGGCUGGCUGGUGUUUGAUGUCACGGCCGCCAGCAACCACUGGUCAGUGGAUCAGAAACACAACCUGGGGCUGCGGCUCUACGUGGAGACAGAUGAUGGGCACAGCGUCGAUCCGGGCUCGGCCGGGCUCCUGGGGCGCCGGGGACCCCGCUCCAAGCAGCCCUUCAUGGUGACAUUUUUCCGGGCCAGCCCCAGCCCCUCCCGUGUCACACGAGCAGCCAAAUCCCCGAGGAGGCGACAGCCCAAGAAAUCCAACGACCUGCCCCACCCCAACAAGCUCCCAGGAAUUUUUGAUGAUGUCCACGCCACAGAUGGGCGGCAGGUCUGCCGGCGCCACGAGCUCUACGUCAGCUUCCAGGACCUUGGCUGGCUGGACUGGGUGAUUGCUCCACAGGGAUACUCAGCCUACUACUGCGAGGGGGAGUGUGCAUUCCCACUGGACUCCUGCAUGAACGCCACCAACCACGCCAUCCUGCAGUCCCUGGUCCACCUGAUGAAGCCUGAGGCCGUGCCCAAGGCGUGCUGUGCCCCCACCAAGCUCAGUGCCACCUCUGUCCUCUACUACGACAGCAACAACAACGUCAUCCUCAAAAAGCAUCGGAACAUGGUGGUGAAAUCCUGCGGCUGCCACUGAUGGACAGGUCCCAUUCCCAGCCCUGAGUGUCCCCUCCCUAUCCCUGAGUGUCCCAUUCCCACCCCUGACUGCCCCAUUUGCACCCCUGGAUGUCCCAUUCCUGUCCCUGAGUGUCCCAUUCCUGUCCCUGAGUGUCCCCUCCCUAUCCCUGAGUGUCCCAUUCCCACCCCUGGAUGUCCCAUUCUCAUCCCUGGAUGUCCCAUUCCUGUCCCUGAGUGUCCCAUCCCCACCCCUGAGUGCCCCAUUCUCAUCCCUGGAUGUCCCAUUCCUGUCCCUGAGUGUCCCAUCCCCACCCCUGAGUGCCCCAUUCUCAUCCCUGGAUGUCCCAUUUGCACCCCUGGAUGUCCCAUUCCUGUCCCUGAGUGUCCCAUCCCCACCCCUGAGUGCCCCAUUCUCAUCCCUGGAUGUCCCAUUUGCACCCCUGGAUGUCCCAUUCCUGUCCCUGAGUGUCCCAUUCCCACCCCUGGAUGUCCCAUUCCCGUCCCUGAGUGUCCCAUUCUCACCCCUGAAUGUGCCAUUCCUGUCCCUGGAUGUCCCAUUCUUGUCCCUGAGUGUCCCCUCCCAUUCCCACCAGAGCAAUGUCACCCUGGGUUUCUGCUGCAUGCAUGGAAGAGGAGCUUUGUGGGCUGCAUCAGAGCAAAAUCCAUUAAUAAUAAUAAUAAUAACCACCAAAAUUAAACCCCUCCCACCCCUUCCUAGAAGUGGAUGUAAAUAAUAUAAAACUUCCUUUUUCUUAUCCUGCUUGAUGAGACACACAGAUAUAUACAAACAUAUAUAUAUAUAGGAUAUAGGAAAGAGAGGAUUUUUGGCUGAUUCUGUUUUGUCUGUGACUGAUGUGUUUUCCCUGUGGUGGAGGCAGUUUUGGGGGGGAGGCAGCAUCCAGGCUGCUCUGGGACUGAGCUGUGUAUUUCUCCACUAACCCACCUCUACCCAAGUGCUUUUAAUUCCCUUAAUGAAAACAUCAUCAGCCAAUUAAGUAGCUGGCUGACCGACCCCCUCCUGUUUACCCAAAGUUCACCAAACUCAGCCAGUUGGAAAAAAAAUAAAAUAUCCAUAUUGAGCUACAGCACUGUUAUAAAAUAAACGCAAAGUUUGGAAAGUAAACACGGAGUUUCUCUUGCUCUUUGUUUUUUAAUGUCACAGCACAACAGGGCUCUGUUCAGAGGGCCUUUUGCAAUGAAAAAAUACUCAGAAUUGGCUAAAAUU